UGCACAAACGACGACGAGCAGCAGCAGCAGCAGCACCACCACCACCGCUUCGUCCGCCCCGUGCCCCAACGGCCGACGCUGCUGCACGGCACGGCCCCCGGCCGAAUCUGCCGUGCGCGGGUUGGCACAGUGGCACACGCCCAAAUUCCAUCCCUCCCGUCCCUAGCCGGUUCCUCUCCUUCCUCCCCCCCUCGCAAAAAUUCAAAAAAAAGCUUGCGCUCCUCCCGUCCUCCGGCGCCGAUCUGCUCGAAGGAGGCCACCCCCAACCUCCCCGACCAAACCAAUGGCUUCCUCCAACGAAACCUACCGCGUCGAGCUCCGAGCCGCCGCCCGCCAGCUCGGCGAGCGCGGCCUCUACUCCGCCGCCAAAUGGGCGGCCGAGCUGCUCGUCGGAAUCGAGCCCGACGCGACGCCGGCCCCGUCGUCGGUGAUGGACACCCCUUCCUCGUCGGGCUCCGCCGCAUCCGGGGGCCGCCUCCUGCACCUCCACCGCAGCGGCGGGUCCAGCUUCCGCCGCCGCCUCCGCCCGGGCGCGGCCGAGGCCGGGACGCCGCUCGGCGGCGUCUCGUACGUCAGCACGCCCAUCCCCGACGACGACGCGUUCGACGUGGGGGGUGAUAGGUACCUGCUCGCCAAGACCUACUUCGACUGCCGCGAGUACCGCCGCGCCGCGCACGUCCUGCGCGGCCAGACCGGCCGCAAGGCCGUGUUCCUUCGGUGCUAUGCCCUGUACACGGCUGGAGAGAAACGGAAAGAGGAAGAAACAGUCGAGCUUGAGGGAUCUCUGGGCAAAAGCAAUGCUGUUAAUCAGGAACUAGUUGCAUUGGAGAGAGAGCUCGCAACACAUCGGAGAACUGGUGCUAUUGAUUCAUUUUGUUUGUACUUGUAUGGCAUUGUUCUACGUGAUAAAGGCAGUGAAGCUCUAGCUAGAACAGUUCUGGUGGAAUCUGUCAACAGCUACCCUUGGAACUGGAGUGCUUGGUUAGAGUUACAAUCUCUCUGCACUAGCAGUGACAUUUUGAACAACUUAAAUAUCAAGAAUCACUGGAUGAAAGAUUUCUUCCUUGCUAGUGCACAUCUCGAAUUAAAAAUGCAUGAAGAAGCUUUGAAAAGAUAUGAGCGCUUAAUGGGGGUUUUCCGUUGCAGUGACUACAUUCAGGCUCAAAUAGCUACCGUGCAGUAUAGUAUGAGAGACCUGGAUGAAGCUGACAUGAUUUUUGAAGAACUCCUUAGGACUGAUCCUUUCCGUGUGGAUUCUAUGGACGUUUACUCAAAUUUAUUGUAUGCAAAAGAAAGCUCGACUGCUUUGAGUUUCCUUGCUCACAGAGUAUUUUUGACAGAUAAAUAUCGCCCAGAAUCUUGCUGCAUAAUUGCAAAUUACUACAGUUUGAAGGGGCAGCAUGAAAAAUCAGUUCUGUACUUUCAAAGAGCGCUGAAGCUUAAUCGAAAGUAUCUUUCAGCUUGGACUCUUAUGGGACAUGAGUUUGUUGAGCUAAAAAAUACACCUGCUGCGAUUGAUGCCUACAGGAGAGCUGUUGAUAUAAAUCCCAGAGAUUACCGUGCUUGGUAUGGUCUUGGUCAGAUCUAUGAGAUGAUGGGAAUGCCGUUUUAUGCAGUUUAUUACUUCCGUAAGUCAUCAUACCUACAACCUAAUGAUGCCCGGCUUUGGAAUGCUAUGGCUCAGUGCUAUGAAAGUGAUCAACUCCAGAUGAUUGAAGAAGCCAUCAAGUGCUAUGAGAGAUCUGCAAAUAAUAAUGACACCGAAGGAAUAGCACUUCAUCAGCUAGCAAAGUUACAUGGUAUGCUUGGACAAUCAGAGGAGGCAGCAUUUUACUACAAGAAGGAUCUAGAGAGAAUGGAAGUUGAGGAAAGGCAGGGCCAGAAUUUUGUUGAAGCUCUGCUUUUCCUUGCUAAGCAUUGCAAGAGCAUAGGCAGGUUUGAGGAGGCAGAGCACUAUUGCACAAGGCUCUUGGAUUACACCGGUCCGGAAAGGGAGACUGCAAAAAGUAUUUUGCAAGGGCUAAAAAGAGCACAAUCGGUACUUCCGUUGAUGGAUAUCGACCAUUUUGCAAUGUAAAUUUGACUUGCAGAUAAGUUAUUUAGUUGGAAACUAAGGUGUUAAGUGAGAUGUACAAGAGAAAACUACCCCUUGCGUAUUCUUUUCUCCAUUUUUGCAUGCAUCGAGGAAAGCUACACAUUGGUUUCAAGAGAACUGCUAUAAUACAGAACAGUCAUCAUGAACAAAGGGGAUUGGUUAUCACUCACACCGCACCAGGCAAGGAAAAGAAAUCUAUCUAAGGCCACACACUGACCCACCUGAUGAAACUGGUACUUUGCGUAUCUCCAGUACCAGUAGAGCAGCCACUUCCGAGCUUCAUAAUGUAAUCCUUAUUGUUUGUAUCCUUGCCAGAAAACUCCAUAUUGCUGGAGAUGUUGACCUUGUGUGCAUGAUGAUCUCUUCCAGUUGCUGAAGCUUGGUAAUUAGUAACACUAAUCGCCGGCAUGGGGCAAAAAUGAGCGUCAUCGGGAUGAUGAAGAUCGCUAGCUCAAGUAUCGGCAUUGCUGCUUGCUUUCUGCUAGGUUCUGUUUCUAUGGCUUUUCUUCACUAGAUUGCUUUGGUCUGUGUUGCACUCAAAGUUCCAUGGAGUUGCUUGCAUAUAUAAGCUUCUUGGAAGACUUGCCUUGUCUGGAUUCCAGUUCUCAUAUUCUUGCUUGUUAAAAUAAUUGUUGAUGCUUUCCUUUCCAAUAAUUCCAGUUUUGUCAAUUUUUUA